GAAGCAAAGCAGCCAUCAUUCGCGAAAAGCCGACAUUGUUGUGAAGUUCGUCGUGUGCGUCGUGUUUCUUCGCCGUCUCGCGCAAGUGAAAUUUUCCUCGUUUCCAGUGAUCAAAAGUGACCGAAAGUAACGAAAAAGUGUGGCGCAACAUUUGGGGACCGUGAAUUUGGUGUUCAAUGUGGGAUUGAUUUGAGAAAAAGGAGGAAUUUUCACGAAAAACGCUCGUCACGCACACACACACUUGGGAGAAAGAAAAGACUGACAGCAGCCGUAGAAAAGAAAGAACGCCAUCCGCAUUCUUCGUUGGGAAAGAAGAUACUCUUCGGAACUAGUGAUGGAAGUGGAUGAAAAUCCAGAAGUGACGGCCGGUGUGCCAAACGUGGCCACCACCACCGAAGAAAAAGAAGCAGAAGAAGGCCAGGAAAAGUCCUCUCCAAUGGAAACCGCAACUCCCCAAGAAAAGGAGGAGCAGCAGGAAGCUCCAUCAUCUCCUAAAGCGACAGCACCAGAAGAGGAACCGGAGAAGGAGGAACCGUCUGCCGGAGGAGGAGGAGUGCUCCGGUCGAUCCUGUCCGAGGAGGAACUUACGGCAAUUCCGGCCGAAACGACCAAGAAGAUCGAGGGUCACUACGAGCAAAAGCUGGAGGAGUUUCUGACGGCGAAAGCGCUCUGCGAAACGGCCAAGACCAAUGUUGAACAAAUCAAGGUCGACUACGAGAAGCAAAUCGAGGAGCUCACCUUGAAGUACCAGGAUGAGUCCUCCAAAUACCACUUCUCCCAGCAGAGCAUCAAGGAGCUUCGGCUGGAGCUGGAGGAUUGCAAGCAGGAGAUGGCUCAGGCGAGGGACAAGGUCAAACAAAACGAUGCCGACACGGCGCGGUUCCGCCGGGAACGCAACGAAGCCGUCAACGAGCGGGACACGCUUCUGAAUGCGGUCGAGCGCAAGACGUUGGAAGUGGAACGACUGCAGGCCGAUGUCAUGGCCCUGGAACACAAACUGAAGGCUGCCAACGUCACCAAGUGCGAAGCUUUAGCCAAGUUGGAAGAAAUCCAGAGCAAGGAGUUCUCGCUGGAUUUCAAGGAGAAGCGAAUGGACAAGGAGCUGUCGAUGCGCGACAAUCAAAUCUCGAAGCUCACCGAGGACUUGAACCGAGCGCUACAGGAUCUGCAAAACGUGCGCCGCGAUCAAAACUUCAAGGCUCUGACGACGGAGACCAAGCUCACGGAGAAGACUGAAGAGUUGAAGAUCGCCACCGCACAAAUUGCCCACUUGAACGAACAAAACCAAGAGCUGUCCACGCGGGCGGAAGAUCUGGCCAGCAAACUGUUGCAGCAAAGCGAAGAGACGAGAAAGAUGAUGGAUCACUACCGUAAGGAAUUGCAAUCCCAGACGAAGCUGUGCGAAUUGUACCAGGAGGACUGCGAGGACAACAAGAAACAGACGGAAGAACUCGGUGCUGCCGUUUCGGAGCUGAAGAAGCUGCUGAACGAGGCUAGCGAUUCGUACGGUAAGCUGGAAACGCAACAGAAGACGUUGGUCAUGAAACACGAGAAAGAACUGGAGGCAAAGAACCAGGUCAUCCAACAGCUGAAGGACGAGCUGAAGAAUGCCAACGAGUUGCUGAAGUUGGCCAGGCAGGAGAAUUUGGAGCAUGCGGUGGAAAAGCUGGCCCCAACGGCUGCCGCCACGAGCCGUUUGAUCAAGUCGGGCAUGACGUUGACGGAGCUGUACACGAUGUACGUCAAGACGGCCGAGGAUCUGCAGGUUGAAAAGAAGGAGAACAGCAAGCUGCAGUUGCAAAUCAAGAACAUCGUGCAGGAGUUGGAGGAACGUGCACCGGAGUUGACCCGGCAGCAGAACGAGUACCAGAAUCUGAAGGACGCCAACGAGGAGAUGAGCCUACAGUUGAACAAGCUGAUUGAGGAGAAUGCCGACGUGCGUUCGGAGUUAACCUCAAUGCAGGACAAGGUGCGCUACCUGGAUAGCGAGAACAAGAAGUUCAAACUGGAACGUGGCGAUCUGAGUCGGCAGAUUUGUCAUCUGUUGCGCGAGAUCGAACAAAUGCGCGGUGGCUACGCUUCCGAAGCCGAUCAGUCCAUCUCCUCGGACAUGAGUGCCAACGAGGUGAUCACGAAGAAGUUGGUAACCUUCAGUGACAUCCAAGAGCUACAGGAGAACAACGUAAAGCUGCUUCUGGUAGUGAGAGACUUCAGCGCCAAGUUGGAAGAGCUAGAAGUGGCACAGAACGCAAUGAGUCAGGCGACGUUCGAGGCCAAGAUCGCUUCCUACAACAAACGGCUGCAGGAGAUGCAGGAAACACAAGAGUAUCAAACGCAGAUGAUGCAGCAGUGUAUCCAGCAAAGAGAUCGCUACAAGAAGAUGUAUCACGAUGCCAUGCGUAGCUACAAUGCUGUUGGAGGCAAGGGUACACUGGGAGCAAGCCUGAACGGAUCUCUGUCCGGCGAAAAUGCGGACGCUGCCAUGGAUGAGGAGAUUCCAAGCGGAUCCACGGUCAGUGCGAUUUCCAGCGAAGCGGUCGUUGAAAAGGAGAAGAAGAUUGCUGAGCUGGAAGCAAAGGUCAAGGAGAAUCAACAAAUGUUGAGCACUCUGAAGGAAGAGUACGAUAACUAUCGCAAGGAGAAACUGACCAACGACAAGAUGAUGAACGAACAGUUCGACUCUAUGCGAACGGAACUCCGUGAGCUUUCGUCGAAGAACAUCAAACUUGUGGCCACCGUUGAGUACAACAACGAGCAAAUCAAGAUCCAGCAGAAGAACGUCGCUACCUACAAGAAGCAAAUUGCCACCUUGGAAGAGCGCAACAAAAAUUACGAAACUACGAUCUCCAAGCAGGAAGCCACCAUCAUGUAUCUGAAGGACGAAACUAUGAGUGCGCAAUCGAAACUAGCCCGCGCCGAGGUCCAAGUCGAGAACCUCAAGCACGAAUGUCGUAUCCUCAAGGACGCCGAGUCGCGACUACAGACCGAACGUGAGAUUCUUAACCGUGAGAGACAGAAUCAGAACUUGCUCCUGAACAACCUCGAGAUGAUCAAGGUUACCAUGGAGCGAUCAGAAGCAGAGGGUCGCAUCCGACUGGAGACACGCUUGGAUGAAACGGCUCGCGAAUGCUCCGCUCUACGACGGCGUCUCCAAGAAGAGCAAGACCGGUUCCGAGAACUGACCACUCACCUUGAACGUCAAAUGCAAACGACCAAGCAGCGAAUGGAGGAAGAAAUGGCAAUCGCAGAGACUGUGCAGGCAGAGCUGAAGAACGCUCGGGACGAGUUGGAAAUCAAGUCCCGCAAGAUUGACGAUCUUAGCAAGAAACUCCAGGAAACGCUAUCUCCCAACGAUGAGGACAAUCCUGUUACACAAGCCUUCAAGAAGAUCCGGGAGCUCGAACAGAAGCUCAGUGAAAACGAAAUUGAGUUCGAAUCGCUGCGAAAGGAGUUGGCUACCGCUAAGGAACACGUCAAGCAGUAUUGCAACAUGUCCGAGUCCUCAGAAAAGGAACUCAAAGAUCUCAACGAACUGUACACCACAUACAAGACCCAGACCGAAACUGAACUGGGAACUCUGAAGAAGAAUGAAGCCGAACUAAAGGCCCAGGUGGAGGAGCUCAAGACGGAAAUUUCCCUCAAGAAGACCGGUGAACAGUUGACCUCUUCCACAGACAGUGAAUCUGCAUUGCACAAGGUGCAGGUUGAACUGAAGGAAGCACUGGAGAAGAUCACCGAGAACAACAAGGAUCUGCGGGAGCUGCGAGAGAAGAACAACUCCCUGCUGGAGCAACUGCAAGUCGCCGAGCAGAAAUACGCCAACGAGAUGGUGCAACAUUCUUCUGAUAUUCAACAGCUGUCCAUCCUCAAGGAGGAUGUUCAAAAGACCAAGCAGCAGUUUGAUGAACUGAAGCUCGCACGUGAUCAAGCCAUUGAGCGCUUCAACACUAGCGAAGAGUGCUGGAAGAAUCGUGAGGAGAUGAUGAAGAAGGAAAUCGAGCAGCUGGAAGAACGCCUCUCAGAUUUGAACUCGCAAAACGCAGCCCUGCACGAUCAGAUUCAAAGUCUCAGCACGAAGCUUUCGAUCACGGCAGCGCAAGCACUGGAACAGAAAGCGGCCGACGAAUCCAUGAACGAAAGCGCGAUGGACGACAGCUCGGUGCUAAACAAAUCGAUCUCGGACGAAGAGAAACGGUCCGUCGAUCAGCUGCUGCAGAUCAUCAAGUACCUGCGGAAGGAGAAGGACAUUGCGGUGGCCAAGUUCGACAUCCUGCGAUCGGAAAAUGUACGCGUGCAGUCGGAGCUGAUGAUGUUCCAGAAGAAGCUGGAAGAGGCGCAAGCUCAGUUGGCACAGGAGCGCGAGAAGUCCGAAACUGGAGUGGUAACGGCAGCCAAACACGAAGAUAUUCUGAGGAAGUUGGAGACAUUUAACGCCAUCACGGAUAGCAACCGGGUGCUGCGAGAGGAACGCGAUGGUUUGAAUAAGAGGAUCAGGGAGUUGUCCGAACGGUUGCUGAAGGCGGAAGACGAGCUGUUCCCACUGCAGGAGAAGGUUCGUGAGUUAAGCGUUAAGAUUGAAUCGGCUACCAGUGAGAAUUCUACGCUGCGAUUGGAGGCCACUAGAUGGAGACAGCGAGCUAAUCUGCUGGUGGAACGGUCGAACAAGACCAGCCCCGAGGACUGGAAACGUUUGCAGACGGAGCGAGAGAAUCUGGCCAAGAUGCUUACGCAGGAGAAGGAACUGUUGAAGAAGUCCAACGAGGAGUUGAACUCGAUCAGAGUCGAGAAGGGCAAACUUGAAACGGAAGUCACUAAUCUAACGAAGCAGUUGACUGGCGCGACUGAGCAGAACAAGAAGUACGCUGAAGAGCUGGAUGUGUUGCGGCAAGCCGGAGCAAAGAUGACCACGGAAAUCGGUGAGGUGAAGACUACGCUGACGAAGCGCGAUGAAGAUCUGCUGAAGUUGACGGAUGAGCUGUCCAACAAGGACAAGGAGCUAACGGAUGCCAAGAGCAAGGAGCAACAGAUCAGGAAGAUCGCCAAACGGUACAAGGAUUCAUACAUCGAACUCAAGAAACAGGUGGAUGAGAAGGACGGUGAAGGGGCUAAGACUGCGGAAGGAGGUGCGGGAGAUCCUGGUGGAGAAGGAACCAGUGGCGAGCAGCAAGAUAAACCCACUGAAAAUAACGCGUCGGAACUCAAGGAAGAAGUUGACACACUUAAGAAGGAGAAUGAGCUUCUUAAGAGUAAACUGGAGAAGGCUGAGCGCAAUCAGGAAAUAUUGAAGGAUGUCAAGCACAGGAUUCUUAGCCUUACGGAGUCGAAGAACACUUUGACACGUGAACUGACGACUGCUAAGGCACAGGUCCAAUCCUUGGAACACGUCCGCGAAGAAAACGAAUUGUUGAAGUCACAGUUUGAUGGUCGCAUUGCAAGAAUCACCAAGGAGCACACCGAUCAGGACAAGGAGAAGGCGGAUGCCAUAGCCCGUUUGACGCGUGAGAAUGAACAGCUCAACAUCCGAUUGAAUCAGCUUACCCGUCAGCUGGGACUGCAACAGGGAGCUAAGCCAUCCACCAGCGCUCCUGGAUCGUCUGAGAAGGCUUCAGCGGAAAGUCCCCGUACGGCUAACGUGAAGCCAAUUCCUGGUCCAAGUGCUCAACAGUCUGCUACAGUGACGCCUCGUCGUGGAAGCGAAACACCCCUGGCUAGCAUCCGGCCAAUGUCGGUUCAGGCAAGCAGCAGGACGGCAGCCGUUCUUCCCACCAGUCAAUCCUCGAAUAAUGUGGCCAUUGUCCAGGGCUCAUCCUCGUCUUCGUCGUCAACCAACACCGGUAGCAGCAGUGUAACAGCUUUGGUUCCACCUCAGCAGCAAGUUCAUACCACCGGAAGCAACAACAACUCGAAUGAAUCAAUGUCCUCCUCGCCAACCAGUUCCCACACGGACUACAUGCCUGCCACCAGUUCGGCCAACGUUGCCGUGGCGGCUGUCCCUCCGAUGGGAACCGCGUCUACUUCCACUGCCGAGAGUAGCAGCUCAUCUCAGCAGGAGAACGAAAGCAUUCCAGCACAGCAACCGAACGAACCGGGACCAUCCCAGGUGCACGUUUCGGCCGGUCAACCUUCGCAGGCGGUGGCACUUGUGUCCCCCCAUAUCGAGGGAACGCCCCAGAACAGUAAUGCCGUAGCCCAGUCGGUGCAAUCGUCACCACAGGUGCAGGCUCCGCCACCGCAGGAGCAACAGAAUCCUGCCCCAAGUACCAGCGGAACUUCGUCGAAUGCUCAACAGAUCCACCACCAAGCGUCCACUUCCAGCAACACGGUGACCACAUCGCAGGCAGCCGCCGGUCACAAGCGCCCGAGGGAUGUUGAGGGAGAUAGUUCCACGGAUAACGUGGAACAACCGGGCGAGAAAUCGGCACCGGUCAACAAGCGCACCCGAAUGCAGGGCGGUGAAUCGUUUCAGAAAUUACAGGGUGUCACCGAGUCCGGAGUGGAUGUAGAAUACCAGGUACCAACGUCAUCACAGCGCGACCAGGAAGACGACAUCAUUGUGGUUGAUUCGGAAGAAGAAGGCAUGGCUGACGAGGGAACAGCAGAUGAAGGCACGGCCGAAGCGGACGACGGGCCUUUCGAAGGCUCCGAAGCGGAAGAAGCGUACGAACAGGACGAGCCGGAAAUGGCUGUCAAUUAUGACGAAGGCGAAGGCCCCGAUAUCGACGAGGACAACGUCCAGUCCGCUAACAAUGAAGUCGACGUAGACGAUGACAACGAAGUUCCUAAUCAAUCCGGCACAUCGUCGUCGACUACCGGUGCUCAGGUGGCUCCGGAUGCCGAGACGUCCAGUACCAGCGUUGGCCAGAGUAGCAAUGCUGGCCCUUCCACAUCGUCGGACGGCCAAGCCAUGGAGAGCAGCAGCCAGCCUAACACUAGCGAAGUGCAGCAAAUUCAAAGUAUCAGCAGCGGAAGCGGUGAGCCCUCGUCGGGACCCUCAACGGCGCCUUCCACUUCUUCGUCCGCUGGUUCGGGUUCGGCCGUUGCUGCCACGGCAUCGACAUCGUCGGCGACCACUUCGUCGUCCGCAGGUUCUUCGGCAACGGCGUCCAGCGUGGGAUCGCCUUCGCAAAGUCGACGGCAGGUGAAUCCAUUGGCGCGGCAGCAACAACAGCAGCUGUUGCUUAUGCAGCAGAACUACGAGGAAAGUGCGGACGACCGUAUCGUCCCCAGUACGCCGACCCUCUACGUUCCACGACGAACCGAUGGUUUCAGCGAUGCCGUCAGUUCGCCGCACCCGCAAGUUCCAAACGCUCGGUUCACCUUCUCGGAAACGGGCCGUUCCAGUGCCAGCUCCGUAGCAGAAAGCCAUCAAAUGCUACCGGCCGGUAUCGACGAUACCCGUAUGGAUCUCUCGCAGCUGGACGAAUCCGGAGUGGCUAGCGGAAGCGGCGCCACAGGACGCAGCGUACCGAACACUCCCUUGCAAACCUCACCGAGCGAACAUGAGCGGGCCGUUAUCCACGGGGAGGUGGCCGUUCCGUCAAACAGUAGCAACGAAGCCGAACAAGCUGGAGAACAGCUGGCCCCAUCGGGCAGCGAUAUCUCGAUACCGGCCAUCGAAGAAGUCGGUCAACAGGAGGCAACGGAGGGUCCUUCCGGUGUGAGUAGCGAAGGGGAAAGUCAAGUUCCGGAGGUGACGGUUUCCGCCGCGGAAGAUGAUGAUGAUGACUAUGACAUCACCGAGUCGACCACGGUGGAAAGGGCUGACGUUGACCAAGCGGCAUCUACUUCUGAGGCUACUGCCGUACAAUCCGGCGAACCCAUGGACGACGACGAUAUGGAGGACAUUGAGGGUGAAGAUCGAAAUCGCAGUGCAGAGGCAGGAGCGGAUGAAGAAUCCGGCGACGGCGUGACUUCCGAAGGCGAAAAGCCAGGGACGUCUUCUACCUCAACUCCGAUGGAGGAAGGUAGCGAAGCCGAAGUCCUGCCCACUCCAAGCACUAGGGCCCGAGGUCGUGGGAACCGUGGAAGACGGUUUGGCGUACGUGGUAGCAUUCCAAGAUAUACGGGACUGAAUGAAGGUCGCUCUCUUAAUCGUGCGGGUCCAUCCUCAAUGCAUCAGCAACGAUCUCCGAUGGGAAGUCCCAACAGAGCAUACCAACAGCAUGUAUCUCCGCAUCGUCACCAGGGGCAGCAUCUUAGCUAUGCACAGCAGCAGCUUAGUCCACCGAUGCGUCGGAAUACCCGUUCCAAUCGGGCCAAUCGACGUUCAACACCGAACUAUCGUCCCUAAACGGCUGUCUUGCAAACUAAGGUCGUUUGCAUAAACUUACCGAGUAGAAUAUUUAUUAGAAAAGACGCUUCACCACCUUUGGAAAGAUGACAAGUAAGUUGUAUAUUUUGUUUUCUCCAAAACGUAUUGAUUGAUCAUUGUACAAAACCGCAUUUGUAUGGCCGAGUUUCGAAAGACGAUCGAUCACUUACAAUUUUACUUAUUUUCCUCGAGUACAACAUUUCCUGUAACGACACCCUAUAUGAUGAGACUCGUUACAAUAGAAGUUUUCUGGGAUGUCAUUGAAUUAAAAUAAUUAAAAUAAAACUAUUGAAUUCCA